AUGGAGGAUAGUCAUCUCCUCGGCGAGGACCUACCGCUCCCACCAGCACGGCUUUUCGAUCGAUUAGCUCAGCUGCCUGGCUAUACUUGGGACCAGUCAAUCGAACCCUUUCACUCAACCUACAGCCAUUGGCAUGUCUUUGGUCUUCGCCAUUCUUCAGAAUCCGAUGUCUCUACCCCCGCCGCUACCUCCUCUGGACCGUCGAGCCUUGUUCGCAACUCCCCCCGAACCGAGUCCCGACCACCCUUCCGUCAUCAUUGGAGAAGUAGCCUGAGCGAAUCCAGCAGCGAGCUUUCCAUCUCCCGCCUGGACCAUGAACCGGUAUGGAUUCCUGUGUUGGCCCGCGUUUCGUCCCACAUCAUACGGCUCGAACGUGAGUUCCAUAUGAUCAGGUCCAUCGUGCAAACUUCCGACCCGGACUGCAACCAUACGAUACGGCCGAUCGAUUUGAUACGACUACCACCAGACCCUGGCGAUGCAGGACCCCUUUUGGUAGCUAUCUUCGAGUCGCCAGGCCCUAAUAUGCUGCGGGAGUUGAUUACGUUUGGUCCUGCUUGGUUUGCAGUUGGUGGUAAAAGUGAUAGUAACGAUUCGAGCCCCGGGGAGCAGGUCUCUCUUCCGGUCUUCCUCGACUUUGCCAUUGGCGCAUGUGAUUGCUUGGAGAUUUUACACUACGGUCUUAAAACGGUGCAUGGUGAAAUUCGGGGGGACGCCUUCCACUUCAACCGGGAAGUUGGGUCAGUGAAACUCACCAACACAGGAAACGGUGCCAGGUCAUUCGACAAUAUACUUAGUGAAGGAUGGUUCACGCUCUCUCGAGAACUUGGUGUGAAGAACAAGCUGCAGUUCAUUGCCCCGGAGCAGACAGGAAGAAUGCCGACAGAACCGGAUAGCCGAACUGAUAUUUAUGCACUGGGUGUUCUUUUCUGGACGAUGUUAGUUGGGAAGCCGGCCUUUAGUGGAAGUGAUCCUGUGGAGGUGGUGCAGAAUGUUCUUGGGAAGAGGUUACCGCCGGUUUCGAUCAAGAGAAUGGACAUCCCAGACGCAGUCUCAGCCGUGAUCCAGAAAAUGACACAGAAGGCGGUUAAUGAACGUUACCAUACGAUCUCAUCCGUGAAGAGAGAUUUGACGCAGAUUUCCCAUUUACUUGGCGAUGGCGAUAGUGAAGCGUUGAAGGAUUUCCAGAUCGCCCAGCGUGAUGUGUCGUCUUUCUUCACGCUUCCGACUCGCAUGUUCGGACGACGAGACGAAUACGACAAGAUCAUAAACGUUGUGGAAAGGGUUCACAGACGCCAGCAGAGUGCACUUGCAAGGGCAACUGCACAGAAUUCCAGCGGAAUCGGCUCAAGCUCCUCCAUAUCAGAUGGUCGGGUCGAUAGUUUCGAGAUUGCCUCUGGCUCCAGCGAUUCUGAAUCGUUUCAUCUGCCCCCAAAAAACAACCACAACGGCAACUCUUGCAACCUUGGACGUAUUUCCACGCACGAAUCUCUUCACAGUACCGAGUCAUCACUUUCGACUCCCAAGGCAGGUCAGAAUUCCAAUAAAGCUAAAAGCCCAGUUGAUUCCCGCUCUUCCUGGGACAAUGCAGACCGGGAUAGUCACCUUUCCAGUACAAACACACUAAGCCACGGAGAUUCUCUCAGCUCUGUAAACAGGCACAAAACUGGAAAUAAGCUUCGCCGCGCUGGAAAAUGUGAGGUUGUCACAAUCAGCGGUGCUGCUGGAAUUGGAAAAACCGAUCUUUUGAAUCGCAUUCAACCCGCAAUCCGUAAGCUUGGUUAUAUUGGUAUUGCUCGCCUGGACCGGGCGAGGAGAGUUCCCUUUGAACCGUUUGCGAAAAUUCUCGCUAGUCUCCUGCGCCAGAUUUUCUCCGAACGUGAUGUCACAACAGACUAUCACAAUAAUGUCCGCGCGGCAUUACGGCCGAUGUGGUCGACACUGCACCGAGUUCUGGAUCUACCCGAGCAACUGAUGUCCUCAGGCGGGAAAGACAAAGAAGUGUCUCCCAAGCUUUCUGCUGCCCAGCAUAUUUUCAAGGAUGUAUCGACCAAGGGAGAGCCUUCUAAACGUGUUGCACUUCCACGCCUCGACUACGGCCAGAAUUCCGUGGAUUUCUUUCUAUCAAGUGCCGCUUUAAAGAACAUGCGCCUGUUAGAAACGUUCUUGGAAAUUUUGAAGACACUGUCUCAAUUCAGAUUGAUCUGUGUUUGUGUCGACGAUCUUCACUAUGCAGACGAUGAAACCCUCGAUCUCAUUAUUAAUAUUGUCAAAGCGAAGGUGCCAUGCGUGCUCCUUCUCACAAGCCGCAAGUCUGAGCUGGAAUCAAAUGCCAUCAGGUCACUAUUUGAGAUCGAGAAUCCCAGCGUAACCAGCAUUGUGCUCAACCCUCUGGGAGAGGAGGAGAUCAUGCAAAUUGUAGCCGCUACAAUGCACCAGGACCCAAACCCAACGUUAACUCCUCUCGCAGCCGUCAUUCAGGAGAAGAGCGUAGGAAAUCCUUUCUACGUGCGGAUGAUCUUGGAGACGUGCUAUAGCAAGACUUGUAUCUGGUAUUCAUGGAAGAACUCUAUCUGGGAGUUUGAUCUGGAUCGAAUAUUCACCGAACUCGUGGCACCUAGGUAUGGAGAAGGGCUAGGACUUGGUUUCAUUACCAGGCGUCUUCAAGAAAUUCCGCCUUCCGCGCGCUCCAUACUGGUUUGGGGUGCAUUACUUGGGAGUCCAUUUUCGUUUUCUUUGGUCCAGAGGCUACUCACAAGCGAGUUUCUAUACUCCAGCGAUGACGAUGAUGAGGCAGUUGAUCUCACUUGCCCGCAAAAUGCAACUAUGAUCAGACAGACUGAAGCUGAUAUAGUGGUUGGACUGCAAUACCUUGUCCAGGCAAAUCUUGUCUCUCCUGGGAAAACGGACGAUGAAUUCAGGUUUGCAAAUGACCGACUUGCGCAGGCUGCUGCGUCUUUAAGCGAAGGCCGCAAUAUAGAAAAAAUGCAUUUUAUCAUUUCUCAAGCGAUGAUGAAAUACUAUCAUGACGGUCGCAGUCGCUAUGCAAUGGCGCGGCAUGUAGCUCUCGCCUCACGAAUAAUCAAGUCCCGUGUCCUUCAGAGACUUGACUACAGAAAAAUACUUUGGGACGCUGCUCAGACCGCCGCCCAAUCUGGCGCGCGACCAACUGCGCUUUGGUACUUCCGCCAUUGCAUUUCUUUCCUUCAGGACAGCCCUUGGGAUGACAACCUUACUGAUGUUUAUUAUGACGAAACGCUGCGUCUACAUAUCGCGACAGCAGAGAUGUCAUGGUCCCAAGGCCAUAAUGCAGAGGCUCUUAGUCUACUUGACGAAGUCUUUGAACAUGGAAAGAGCGCCGUAUGCAAAUCGAGGGCCUGGAUUGUCAAAGCCAAAAUCUAUGCCCAAAUGGGCAAUCAUCUCCAGUCGAUGAACUCACUUCUCACAUGUUUGGAGGAGCUUGGUGUGCAUCUUCGCGAGCCUACGACAUAUGAGGAAUGUGAUUCCGCAUACAGUAACCUCAAGGAAUACCUUGAAAAGGCAGACCUUGAAGCUAUCGUCCGUAAGCCUGUCAGCAGGGACAUUAACAUGAUAACCAUCGGAGCUGUCAUGGCGGAGGCAAUGGCUGUUACAUACUGGGAUGAUGCACUGACUUUCUAUCGGAUGGCUAUCGAAAUGAUGAACCUUCAUCUUUUCAAGGGGGGCUUUGUCCAGAUCUCGAUUGGCUGUUCACAUCUCGCAAUGAUCUGCUUUAGUCGAUUUAGGGACCUGGAGCUUGCUGUGAGGCUCAGUGACUUUGCCCUCUUGCUUCUCGAGCGUUGCCCGGAGCCAUGGACCCAAAGCAGGGGCGCCAUUGUCCAUAAUCUUUACGUCAGCCAUCUGCGGGUUCCCCUGGCAUCAACACUUCCCUCGCUUGAGGCCUCCUUGGAGGCUUCAUUCUCAAUGGGCGACCCGUACAUAACGUUGGUUAGCGUUUCAUCCAUGGCAAUGACCCGAUUCUUCUUGGGCCAUGAUAUGGUCCAGCUGGAGGCAUUCUGCAACGAGAGCCCCGAGGAUCUCCCUGAGUGGAUGAACGAUACUCGCGGGGGUGCUAGUCUUCUUGCAGUGCGACAAGCUGCUCGUGCUUUGCAAGGAAAGACAUCUUUCCGAAAUGCCGAAACUAUCAUGGCAGAUGAAAACCAUAGGACUGACGAGUUCAUUGCGUUCUUGGACAGCAAUGCUAGCAAUGCUGAUCGCCCUCGUGACAUCUACUGGGGUCUUGCCAUGGUACCCCUCUUUGUCUAUGGACACCACACAAAGGCCAUAGAACUGGGGAUCCAGAUGAUGGAGACCAUGCCCAGAUUGUGGUCUGCCCGCGUUUCUUAUAUUGUUUAUUUCUACCUAGCUCUUUCCCUUCUCACCCUUCAUCAUGACUACCCUUCCCGUGGAUACCUUGACGGAAACUUGAAGACCGUCUUAGACUACAAGGCGGAGGUCGAUUUUGCGCGAAACGCCUGUGAUGCAAAUUAUGGCAUGUGGUCCUUGAUUCUAGAGGCCUUGGUCUUUGAAGUUCGGAACGACUAUACGUCGGCCAUUCAAGCUUUCGAGGUAAAAUCGCUGCUAAAUGUGUAUCAGGCUGCAAUUGAUCACUGCCAAAUCCAUGGAUGGCCCUUAGAGGAGGCGCUUGCCCUCGAGUUAUACGGCGAAUUCUUAAUACGACGUGGCGCCAAACGUGCAGCGCGCUGUGUGAUGCAAGAUGCAAUUGCCGCAUGGGCCUCCAUAAGUGCAGCUGGAAAGGCAUCGCAGCUCACAGAAAAACAUGAGUGGUUACUCAAGACGGCUACAUCCUUGAGAAGCGUUGAUGUCGGAUGUCAAACUGUUGACUCUCUUCUUGAAAUCAACCGCAACUCUACAGAGGAUCACAUGGUGAUGACCCAAACCAUGGAGGAAGACGACAGGAAGCAUCGCUGGAUUGAACAAAAUGGUGUCACGACGGGUGAACGGUCUCUGGAUAUCUCCGGAGUUGGUCUGGAUAUUAUCGAUCUUUCCAGCAUACUCGAGUCCAGCCAAGUGAUGUCAUCAGAACUCCAGAUCGAGAAGCUUCUCACCAAGAUGAUCGAGAUUGUAUUGGAAUCGUGUAACGGGUCUGAUUUUGCUGUUAUCGCAACAGAGUUUGACGACAAUGGCUUCGCCGUAGCGGCAGCAGGAGAUCUUGAAAAGGGACAAAGGGCAUUUGUCGAUGGCCUCCCCUUCCCUGAGGUCGAGGAUAAGAUGGCCCAGCAAAUAUCGCAUUAUGUCAUGCGUACGAAGGAAGAAGUUCUCGUGCACAAUGUUCUUGAAGAUGAGCGUUUUUCCAACGUCAGCGAGGCCUAUCAGACAAGAUAUCCGCUUGGAAGGUCGGUGAUUGCGCUGCCUAUCAUGCAAGCAGAACAUCUUCUUGGUGUCAUCCAUAUUGAGGGCAAGCCAAACUCGUUCACCCAACGGAACGCUGUUGUUCUCCAUCUGCUUUGUAACCAAAUUGGCAUAUCAUUGUCCAAUGCUUUGCUUUUCCGUGAGAUCCGCAAAGUCAGCGCUACCAACGCCUCAAUGGUCGAAUCCCAAAAGCGUGCUCUCGCACAGGCCCGUGAAGCAGAGCAGAAAGCCAAGGUGGCGGAAGCAGAAGCCAAGCACAACGUCAAGCUCAAGGAAGAUGCCGCUAGAGCCAAGUCCAUAUUCCUGGCUAAUAUAUCCCACGACUUGCGUACGCCAAUGAACGGAGUCAUUGGUCUUUCCGAGCUGUUGAAGGGGACGCACUUGGAUAAAGAGCAGGAUGAAUAUGUUGAAUCCAUACGUGUUUGUGCUGACACUUUGCUUACUCUCAUCAAUGAUAUCCUAGACUUCUCAAAGUUAGAAGCAGGAAAGAUGAAGAUUUCUACGGUGCCUCUCAACAUCAAAGAAACAAUCUCAGAAGUCGUUCGUGCGCUCCGCUAUACGCAUAGGGAUCGAGGUCUGGACACCAUUGAAGAUUUGGAUAGAGUUCCGCCGGAUCUCGUGGUCCUCGGAGACCCUGUUCGUUUACAUCAGAUUUUCAUGAAUCUUCUCAGCAACAGCUACAAAUUCACACCCAAGGGAUCCGUGGCCGUGAAAGCUAAGAUAUCUCGUGAGGGCAAGGGGCGUGUUCGUCUAGAAUGCUCGGUUUCCGAUACUGGAAUUGGAAUUCCCGAAGAACAGAAAUCUCGACUCUUCAGACCGUUCUCUCAGGCCGAUAGUUCUACUGCAAGGUCAUACGGUGGUAGUGGACUUGGCCUGAGUAUCUGCAAGGCGAUCAUAGAGGAUGUUCUUGGCGGUGCAAUCUGGCUUGAUUCGACUCCCGGCGCUGGGACAACAGUCACCUUCCAUCUAGCCUUCAACAAAGCUCCCAAGGAGAGUUUCGCGAAGGCAUCUUUUACCCAGAACAUCAAGAAAACUGAGAAUCAGUCGCCACCGAAACCGAUUGCCCGUGACCUCACCAUGGUUCCUCGCGAACAGAUUCGGAUUUGCAUCGCUGAAGAUAAUCCAAUCAAUCAGAAGAUUGCUGUCAAGUUUGUGAAUGGUCUCAACCUCCAAUGUGAGGCAUGUAGUGAUGGACGCCAGGCUGUUGAGGCCCUGCGGACACGCUCUGCAGAGGGAAAUCCAUUCCACGUCGUGUUGAUGGAUGUGCAGAUGCCGACCCUCGAUGGAUAUAACGCGACUCGUGAGAUACGCAAAGACGCAGACCCUAAUGUGAAUGAAGUGUUGGUCAUUGCGAUGACUGCGAGUGCAAUCGAGGGUGAUCGGGAGAAAUGCCUCGAAGCCGGAAUGAACAAUUACCUUCCCAAACCGGUUCGCUCGACAAUCCUGAGUGACAUGCUGGACCAAUAUCUUGCUCCGGUGCCGCCAGUGACCCGGACCAGGCUAGCAUUCAGAGAGAAAAGCAGAGCUAGCAUCAGUACUGAUGUGGGCACACCAAACAGCAUCUCGUCAUCCGGGUCCGACACUCAAGUCAUUGCACUUACACCGGACGAAGAGAAGCAAUCGCAGCCGAAGCUCUCUGAGAAAAAUUAA